AUGACACGCAAAGCUACCAGUGGGUUGCUCACUCAGGUGGUUUACAUGAUGAAGGCACGCCCCUACCGCCCAGAAGAGGCGAAAAGACUGGCCCGGGGCUGGGUCAAGGAAUUCGUAGAUCAAGGGGGAAUACCGAAGCGGGAGUUUGAGAUCGGAUAUUCUAGAAGUAGUGGUCCAGGAGGACAGCAUGUGAACAAAACGAACACGAAAGCGACAGUCCGUUUACCCGUAAACUGCCGCUGGAUACCGGAAUGGGCGAAGAGUGACUUGAGAAAACACAUGACAUUUUAUGUUGUGCGGAGUGACUCCCUUCAAGUUUCCAGUGAUGUACAUCGUUCCCAAAGUCAGAAUUUAGCAGAAUGCUUGAAAAAGAUCAAUGCACAGAUUGAAUCGGCCGCUUCAAGCGCAAUACCUAAACCCCCCGACGUGGAAAAGCUGAAACGUAUCGCAAAACACGAAGCAACCUUUGGCCGGGCCCAAAAAGAAAUAAAACAACGCUCAAAAGCGAUCAAGCAAGGUCGAGCCAAAGUCCGGCCUGAGUGA